AUGGAAGGACGGAGACGUGUGUUGUACGAAGAGUUUGAAGGUGCGACGUCGACUGAGUCGCCAGCAAACUUUGAGCGGCGCCGGGAGCGGCCGAGAGUCAAAUCGAGUCCGAGACGGUUCUCCGCCAACCUUCGCCGUCUCACUCUUCACCUUCGCUCCCACAUCACCAUCCCUAACAUCAGCCUGGCCUUGUCGCUGCAGCGCCGGCUGCCGGUAUGCGCUGUCAUGACCGCUGCGAUGGCAACGACGAGCCCGCCGCCAGACCCGGCCAGCGAGGGGGAGGGCGCCGCCCAGACAACGCGAGCGCCACAGCGUGGACUCCGUGUGCUGCAGUGCCCGUAUCCUGGCCCAUCGACCAUGAGUUGCGUGCUGGGCAUCGGCAGCAUGCCUGUCCGAGUGACUGAAAGCAGCAGCACGCGACUCUCCAUCCGGCCUGACACGCUCCCCGAACCGAUUUUCGCGUAUGCGCGAUGA